UCAUCUUUUAGCACCUCCAUUUCUAUAAAUAUAUUUCGCCGCGUUGACGUGGGGACGGUGAACCGCUCACCGCGGCCAGUCAAAUUUUCACACGUUUGAAAGGACCAAAUCACCGCUCUCACCUAAGAAAUUCAGUAUUAGUGCUCAAUUAAAUUGCGCAAUUAUGGAUCUUCUCCGCUAUCGUAAAUUUUUCGUCUAUAUUCUCACAUUCAUGGCGUACGCAUGGUCUGGUUAUGGUGCUGGUCUACUGGGCAAUCUUCGCGAUGCUGUGCUAGCAGCAGAGACUGUUUUUGGUGAUUUUUUCCAAAAUGCCAUCACUGUGGCGAGAAAAAUGAAAGAUAUUCAUGAAGUAUUCGACGCAGCUGUGGAAGAAAAUUGUGUCUUUCAAUGUCCUUCGGGUGUGACUCCCAAACCAAACAGAAAUCAUGUGCCCCAGAGUAAUGGAUGUGGCUCACUAGGAAUUGAGAUAAGUUCGGAAUACCUGCCUCUCUCGGAAAUGACGAAAUGCUGCGAUCAACACGACAUUUGCUAUGACACCUGCAACAACGACAAGGAAAAAUGUGACUUGGAGAUGAAGCGCUGUUUGUACAAGUACUGCGAGGGUUACCAGACCACUGGGGUCACAGUUGUCAAUACCUGCAAAGCAGCAGCGAAAAUGUUGUUCACUGGUACAACUGCCCUCGGCUGCAAGAGCUACAUGGACGCACAGAGAGAGGCCUGCUGGUGUGGUGACAGGAAAAAAGAGAAGAAGAAAUCCAAGUGGUUCGGGGCUGACGAGCUGUAGCGAAAUCCAACAACUGAAAUUUCAUUGCAAUUUUUUCAUUUUCGUUUUUCAGCUCUCUUAAAACUGAAGAUAAUCGAAUCUCUGUAAAUAGCCAAUUGUAUUUUGUAAUUCAUCCUAAAAGUGAAGCUGUUAUUUUUGUGAUUAAAAAAGUUAAUUUAUUGACGGAGACAUUACGCUAAGGGGAGACUACUAUGAGUUUUCAAAGGAGUGGGAUAUUGAAAUGCGACCUCGCAUUUCGUAGACAGAAAUGCUUGCCA